UAAUAAAUAUUAUUCUUUAUUAAUUUUAAAAAAGUGCGAAUCGAGCCCUAAAAAUUCAAUCUCGAUUUUUUUCCCAUAGAGCCGGGGGGAAAAAAAAAUCGAUUGGGGGUGUGUGUGUGUUUGUGUAUAUGGCCUUUCACGUAGCUUGCCCAAUUACAUGUCGUCGGAUCUGCUUUUGCUCCCUAGGGUUUUCUCGGGAUCUCCGUGGGGUCAAUGCGACGGAUGAGUUCUUGAAGGAGGUCGAUCGGGUUCAGGAGCUUUUGAAGGAUCCAUGGGGUGAUUCUAGGGUUUCCAGGGAAGGGACGGUUCAGGUUAGGGUUCCUAAGGUUGUUCCUGCUCCGCAGCCUGUAUCUGCAGCGUCCGUGUUGGGGGUUGGUGAUGUCGAUGGAGGAGGAGGGGGUGAUGAAGCGGCUGCGGCGAUGGAGGAGGCUUCGGCACAGAAGAAGCGAGUGGCUCUUCAGAGACAGGCCGCUGUUGCGGUGGAAGCGGCUGAGGAUUACGCUCGGAGGUUUGAAUCCGGUGUCACUCCGGUUUCAUGGAAAGAUCAAGCUGGGGAAGAGCUUGGUCAGUCGAACGCGAAUGUAAUGUGUAGAAUGUGCUUCUCGGGUGAGAACGAAGGAAGUGAGAGGGCAAGGAGGAUGCUUUCUUGCAAAAGCUGUGGCAAGAAGUACCACAGGAAUUGUUUGAAGUCUUGGGCUCAACAUAGAGAUUUGUUCCAUUGGAGUUCGUGGACUUGUCCCUCGUGUCGAGUUUGUGAGGUCUGCCGUAGAACAGGAGAUCCUAGUAAGUUCAUGUUCUGCAAGAGGUGUGAUGCAGCUUAUCAUUGUUAUUGCCAACAUCCUCCGCACAAGAAUGUUAGUUCUGGCCCAUAUCUAUGCCCAAAGCAUACAAGAUGUCACAGCUGUGGAUCAACUGUCCCUGGAAAUGGCCUAAGUGUGAGGUGGUUUUUGUCAUAUACUUGCUGCGAUGCUUGUGGAAGGCUGUUUGUCAAGGGAAAUUAUUGCCCUGUAUGCUUGAAGGUGUAUAGGGACUCUGAAUCAACUCCGAUGGUUUGCUGCGAUAUUUGUCAACGCUGGGUGCAUUGCCAAUGCGACGGAAUAAGUGAUGAGAAAUAUAUGCAGUUUCAAGUAGAUGGAAACCUUCAGUAUAAAUGUACCACAUGCCGGGGAGAGUGUUACCAGGUUAAGGAUCUUCAGGAUGCUGUUCGUGAACUUUGGAAGAGAAAAGAUGUGGCGGACAAAGAGCUAGUUGCUAGCUUGAGGGCUGCUGCUGGUUUGCCAACAGAGGAAGACAUAUUUUCUAUUUCUCCUUUUUCAGAUGAUGAAGAAAAUGGUCCUGUGUCUGGACGUUCUCUGAAGUUCUCUGUGAAAGGUUUAGUUGACAAGUCACCUAAGAAGAGCAAAGAGCACGGGAAGAACUCUUCAAACAAAAAGCAUGUUCGUAAAAAGGGUCACCUCAGUAAGUUAGAACCCCAACAGGAUUCUGAACUUUAUCAUAAUAUGGAAUCUGAGAGAUAUGGUGUGGGUGUCAAUAAAAAGGAGGACAUGGAAUUUCCAAAAAAUGAAGGAUCUGAUAUUUCUUCUCGUGUUGCUGGAAUUUGUUCGACACAUGAGCCUAAGACGGUGAAACACAAGUUGGUCAAUGAUGUUAUGGUAACCGAAGAGGAUAGGCCGUCAAGGAUAGUCAAGAUAAAGUGUAGUAAGCCUCAGGAUUCUGACAGUGAGGAUGCCCAAAAGAGUGCGGGUAAGGUAAACUCUGUAAAGGCGAAAAAGUUGGUCAUAAGUCUGGGUGCAAGGAAAAUAAACAUCAGCUCCAAUUCUUCAAAAUCUAGUGCACCCUUUCUUCCGACUGAUCAAGAUCAGUCUUCUUCUGGCGGUGGUGAAGAUUUACAGGAAAGUAAGGCUGAGAAGCCCUUGUUUGGCGCCACUGCUAAAAAAGCGGAUAGAUUUGAUCAGCCAGGUGAAGUGAGAAGCUUGAGGAUUUCUGGAAGAUUCGGGAAAACUCAAUCCGAAGAAACUGUUCCUCCUGAACAGAAACACAAUUCGGUUGGCAGACCCAGCGAAGGAAGUAAAGCUACAUUCGGGUCAAUCACCCAAUUUCCUACAUCAACGAGCAAAGACAAUCACGAAGAAGAUAAAGCAACUGCCUCAGAUUCUGUGCAGAAAGAAGCAAGACCUUUGCUCAAAUUUAAGCUUAGAAAACCUAAUCCAGACGGUCAGAUGACAUCUCAGAUUCCUCAUUCUGAGGAUGAAAAGCUAAGUUCUGCAAAGGGCCAAAGAUCAAAGAGAAAGAGACCUUCGCCAUUAAUGGAUAAGUACACUUUGAAGGAAAAUGAAGAUGCUUCCCAUUCUCAUCUGGAAAGUCCGAGUGACGAGAUGAUGGAUGCUAAUUGGAUUUUGAAGAAGUUGGGCAAGGAUUCAAUCGGGAAGAGAGUAGAAAUCCAUCAAGGAUCUGAUAAUUCAUGGCGAAAGGGAACGGUGACGGAUGUUAUGGGAGAAAAGUCAUCGACAUUAUCGGUUUCUUUAGAUGAUGGAAGUGUAAAGACGUUGGAGCUGGGGAAACACAGCGUCCGGUUCGUACCUCAGAAGCAGAAGAGGUCGAGGAGUUGUGGAACAUCUUUGUUGCCUCUCUUGUUGAAACUCUAA